CAAAAAACAAAUGGAAGAAAUCACAUUGAAGUUAAGUUCUCGUGCUAUACUGGUGUGUCGUCAAUCUGAUCCCUCUCAGUCGACGCACUUGCUUUCUCGACGAUAUGGUGGUCAACGAAUGUCUAAAUGCCUCAUUUGCAGAACCAAGAAACAUCAUCGCACUAAGUAUCAUCUCCAUUGUGAUACCUGCGAUUAUGAUAUUCACAAGUCCUGUUAUCUCUUACCAAGAUGUCGUUCAAUGCCUUUAACUAGGCCUCACACUCUCCGUGAGGGAAACGAUUAUCACAGUAGUUGCGACACAUGUGGAGACGAGGUCUCCGAAAAUGAUCGGAGCUAUCAUUGUCCUACUUGUGAAAUGUGUUACCACAAGGUUUGCAACUUGUACCCGCAUGAGAUCAGACAUCCUUUUCACGCCCAACAUCCUCUGAAACUCACCUUCUCCUCAGAUUCUUCUUUUACUGAUUUGAAGGAGCUGCCCGCUUCAUGGCAAGAGGAACCCUCCGACUCCGAAACAGAGGACUCCGAUGCGUCAGAUGAUGUCUCCUCAGAUUCUUCUAUAUCCGAUGAUGUCUCCUCAGAUUCUUCUAUAUCCGAUUUGAAAUGCAAAUGUUGUCAGACGAAUCUCCAAGAGGUAUACUAUCACUGUUCUAUUUGCAAAUUUAACCUAAACCUCACUUGUGCUAGAAACCCACCACUUUCCACUAUCUCUCAUCUCAAGAGCCAUGAGCACCCCCUCUCCAUUUUUCCUAGACGAAUCCCUUUGCCAUGUGAUGCUUGUGGCUUGUCUCUUGAAAACACCAAUGAUUACGUCUAUGCUUGUCUUUCAUGUAACCUCAUGGUCCACAUGGCAUGUAUCUUCUUACCACGUGUUAUUAAAAUCACCCGUCAUCAACACCGUUUAUCUCUCUCUCCCUCUCUUCCUUCCGGAAUAUACCCUUGUGGCGUCUGUCGCCUUACCAUUGAUGUCACCUAUGGGCAGUUUUCUUGCAAUAGGGGAUGCCACUAUGCUGUCCAUUCCAAAUGUGCAAUAGAAGAAAGAAUAUGGGACGGAAAAGAUCUUGACGGAGUUCCAGAAGAACCUGAUGAAGACGUCGAGCCAUUUGAGAGGAUUGAUGACAAGACAAUACAACAUUUCAGCCAUGAGCAUUAUCUAAGACUCAACAUCAGAAACGGAGUUUUUGAUGCAGACAGCUUCUGUCAGGCAUGCAUCAUACCAAUCUUAGAGUCUGAAAGUUUUUAUGGUUGUACGCAAUGCAGCUUCCUUCUCCACGAAGCAUGUGCUUCCUUUCCUCGUAAAAAAGACCAUCCGCUACACAAACACCGGCUUAUACUCCAUCCAAUUCCUCCUAAGCCACUUGAGGUCCACAUGAGAAUGAUGGGGGGUAAAUUGUAUUCGCGAAAUGUCAAAGGCAUGUUCAAUUGCAGUGGUUGUGACCAAUUAGGUUUUGGUUUCAUGUACAUAUGCAGCGAAAAAGGCUGCCGAUUCCAAUUAGACGCACGAUGCGCUUCCCUUCCGGAUCCUUUUAUACAUGGAAGCCAUUCACAUGAGCUCUUCUUUAAUCUCACAAAGGGAGAAUGCAUGGGGUGUGAGUCUAGUCAUUGUUCACCUUAUUCCCUUGAGUGUAUGGAAUGCAAGUCAUUCUUGGGCCUAAAAUGCGCUACUUUGCCAAGUAUGACACACUACAAGCACGAUAAACAUCCACUCGCUCUUUGCUACGGGGAAGAAGAUACAACAAAUGCUCAAUAUUGGUGCGACAUAUGUGAGGCGAAAUUAGAUGCAGAAGAGUGGUUCUAUACAUGCAAUGAUUAUUGCAAUGUCACGGUUCAUGUUAGUUGCUUACUGGGAAACCCAAUCUUCUUGAAGCCAACGUCCUUCUACAUAAAACAAAAACGUUCAACGGUCUCAGUUAUUCGUAACAAUGAUAACACUCGAGCAAUUUGCUAUAGGUGUGAUCGUCGUUCCACACAACCCUUUUUCUUUCGGUAUUCAGAUUUGGUGUCUUCGUGUUCUUUUAAUUGUUUGUGGGAUAGAGUACUUAAAAUUAUAUAG